GUACAGCGCUAGCACACACACCCUCCGAACCCCUCGCGAUGGGGUGUCUCUCGCUCGCUACCAGGCUCUGGCCACUGCUGGUCUUCCUGUCAGGAUGGCUCUUGGUCCCGUCGUACACCAGCCCAGUCACCAGUCUGUCAAGGACAAAGAGGUCUCACCAUGAGCCGGAAGGCUACUGGAGUAAGAAGCUCGUCUGGAAGACUGAAUGGGUGAAGGUGUGGAAACAUGACAAGAAGCUUAUCUGGAAGCCGGAGUGGAAGAAGUACCAGGUUCCUGCGUGGAAGGAGAUACAGGUGCCCAUUUGGAAAGAAAUUCAGGUGCCUGAUUGGAAGACCGUCCAAAAGCCGUUCUGGAAAGAAAUUCAGGUCCCAGCUUGGAAGGAGAUCCAAGUACCGGACUGGAAAGAAAUCAAAGUGCCAGCGUGGAAAGAAAUCCAAGUGCCAGAUUGGAAAGAGAUCCAGGUACCUGACUGGAAAGAAAUUCAAGUUCCCGCGUGGAAGCAAAUCUGGAAGCCAAUAUGGGUAGAGAUCAAGGUUCCAGCCUGGAAAGAAAUUCAAGUUCCAGAAUGGAAGAAGAACUACGUACCAGAAUGGGUGAAAGAAGGAAUCCACGGAGAACAUUAUCUAGGCAAAGACGAUCAUGGUAACGAAUAUACAGCUCACGACCUGUGGAAAAAGAAACUCAUCUGGAAGCCUGUCUGGAAGAAGGUUUGGCGUACCGAGAAGAAGCAGAUCUGGGUGCCGCAGAAGAAGAUGGAAUGGAAAUCCGAAUGGGUGAAGGUCUGGAAGACUGAGAAGAAACAAAUCUGGCGAACAGAGAAAAAGCAAAUCUGGAGAACGGAGAAACAACAAAUCUGGAUCCCUAAGAAGAUUCAAAUCUGGAGAACCGAAAAGAAACAAAUCUGGGUACCGAAGAAGAUCCAGGUCUGGAAAGAAGAGAAAGUACAAAUUUGGAGGACGGAGAAAGUACAGAAAUGGGUGACGGAGAAAAAGCAGAUCUGGAAAGAUGCGUGGAAACAGAUUUGGGUACCCGUUUGGAAGACGAUAGAAGUACCAGCGUGGAAGAAGGUCCAAAGGCCGAUCUGGGAGAAAGUUUGGGUCAAGGUGCAUCAUCAUCACGGAUGGGACUGAUAGGGAUAUUUAAUGUGAGUCUGCUCUCUGUUCUAGUUCAGUGGAAUUAAUCUCGAAAAAAUUCUAAAAAUGCUCAAUAUUUUAGAUAAGUAAAAGUGUUUUGUGUUAGUUUUGGAAAGUAUGAUAUAUGUGAUAAGCAAUUCCGAAUGCCACAACUGUUACAAAUGCAAUCGGAGAUAUAUUCUGCGACUUUUGAUCAAAGUUUAAAACUAAAGCAUUUAAGCUGUAGAUGGUACCCCCCAUUGCAUGGGGUCAAUAGGACAUGCGCUGUACGUUUGCGUAAAACCCAUCGAAUCAUGAACCAUCUUUGACGAAGAAGUUGAACUGACGUCUACAAGGGUGCCAAGAAGAUGAAUGAGUUGGUGCCACAUGCUAUCAUGCUCUCUGGCGAAGUGGAGCUGCUUCAAGAUAGCGUAUAUCAACUACUGCUUCUUGGAGAAGCUUACUAUCGAACAGAUAUGCUGUUCAAAUUUGAACCAUUUUGUCACAAAUAUACGCUACACAAUACUCUUGCAACACGGACCCACAAAAAAAGAAAACUUCUUGUACGCGAAGCUAUAUGUUGUUGAAGUUCAGAUUCAGUAAAUCGUCAUAACAAAACAGAACUGUGGGCACAACACGUAAACAUAUAUUUCUACCGUUUCUACCGAACAUUCUAUAAAAUUAGACGAAAAAAGGUUAAGUUCUGAUUGAAAGUCUUCGAGUACGUAAACAAUACAAUAUUUUUGAGGUUUAUGUUUUUAUCAGUAAAAAAAAUCAUACUUCCAAUCAGUAUAUUGAUUUUGUUCCGCUGAACUACUUGUAUAUAAUUUCUGUUUUCCUGUGGUGCGAUCAAGAAAAUGGUUAAAAUAGCCUGUUUAUUCUUAAUAGAGACCAAACUCAAUUGUACAUAUUAUAUAUAAUGAAAAAAUUGCCUAGCGUGACUUCAAGCAGCGGUGUAUAAAACAAAUGAUAUGAUGAUACUAUAAACUCGAUCUAAGUACUGCUUGUGAGAGAUUGCAAGUUUGAUCAAGACUCGCAAAGUACUGUUUACCGCACACAACAUCGUCAUUAGCAAUUUCGUAACGUUUGCACUUGGCUGAUUACAAAGCUCUUUACAAAACAAUUUUAAGGAAUUAAACGCUUUAAAAUGGUGAACUUGUGGAACCAGUAAAGACAAUAGAUGCUUUUGUAAAAAUUUGGACUAGCAGUACUUUCGAAUAUUGUGUUUGGUACUUUCCAUGCUUAUGUAACAGUUCAGAACCAUAGAAGACUAGUUAAAAUGUCACGGGUUUUUCUCUAUUAUUCCCACUUUCUUGAUCCUUUUGUACUUAGUACAAAGAUUGUACAUAUUCAGUCGUAUGCCAGUGAGUUACCG